AGUUAAAAUUAUACAACUACACAUAGUAAAGGGUAAUCUUUCUUCUUUGAUUGUCUGGUUUGUUUGUUUUCUGCUAAGACCAGAUUCCUCUUUUUAAUUGAUAGAUGUUGCUUCUCCGCCGUGGUGGGAUCGCCGUCUUCCUGAUUAUCCUCUUGUCCUCUUUCGCCGCCGCUGAGGACAAGUCUUCGUGCCCUUUGGACUUCUCCAUCCUCCGACCGUUCCGGCGUCCAAAACCGGACGGCCCAAACACGUGCCAGUACCUCCUCCAAGGGCUACGGCUCCUUUACUCUGACCAUCUCCGUGAGAGUGGCUCCUUCCUCCCUCCCCCUGCUGCCGCCUCUUGCUGGGCCGCCCUGCAGUCUAACAUCGCCGGUUUUCUGCCUGGGUUCGAUGUCCGGUCCACCUGCGGUUUCGAGACGGCCUGGAUUUCGGAGGGAUGCAUGAACAUAUCGAGCAGGUCUCAGUUCGAAUCCAUCAUCCCUAAUUCCUCCCGUUCCACCUCCUCCAUCCGCUGUAACACCUCUCUUGAGAGCAACACCCCUUGCGCCUCCUGCACUCAGAGCCUCUCCGCCUUCCAGGCCUUUCUCACCGGACCUUCCCUCGGUAAUGUCUCCGACUGUGCUGCCUUCCCCUCCAUCUACGCCGCUGCUUUCGCCAAUCCCUACGGCCCCACCGACAGAGGCACCGCCAAAUGCUUGUUUCAGCUCGAUUACGCUUCCUCCUCCUCCUCCUCCUCCUCCCCCUCCGGUCGCCGCAACCAGAUUGCAAUCUCCUUGUCUGUCUUGCUCCUCGCCUCUGCUUUGCUCACCACCGCCUGCUUCUGGUACUGCCGCCGGCGAAGGAAGAAGCCGCGGGAUUCUAGUUUAGAUGCCGGCGCUCAGUCUAGACUAGAUUCCAUGAGCGAGAGCACCACUCUUGUCAAAUUCAGCUUCGACGAGAUCAAGAAAGCCACCAACAACUUCUCACGCCACAACAUCAUUGGCAGGGGAGGUUACGGGAACGUCUUCAAGGGCGUCUUGCCCGACGCCACCCAGGUUGCAUUUAAGAGGUUCAAGAACUGUUCCGCCUCGGGUGACGACAACUUCGCUCAUGAGGUCGAGGUCAUCGCCAGCAUACGCCACGUCAACCUCCUUGCCCUCAGAGGCUACUGUACAGCUACCACCCCCUAUGAAGGCCACCAGAGGAUCAUUGUGUGUGACCUUGUGAGCAACGGUAGUCUUCACGACCACCUCUUUGGCGACUUGGAGGACGCUCAGCUUGCCUGGCCCUUGAGGCAGAGGAUCGCGCUUGGCACGGCCAGAGGGCUCGCUUAUCUUCACUACGGCGCCCAACCCUCCAUUAUCCACAGGGACAUCAAGGCCAGCAACAUUCUCUUGGACCAGAGAUUCGAAGCCAAGGUUGCCGAUUUCGGGCUGGCCAAGUUCAACCCUGAAGGAAUGACGCAUAUGAGCACGCGGGUCGCAGGCACUAUGGGAUAUGUGGCCCCAGAGUACGCACUGUACGGGCAACUGACAGAGAAAAGCGAUGUCUACAGCUUCGGGGUGGUUCUUCUAGAGCUUCUGAGCAGGAGAAAAGCCCUUGUGACAGACGAGGAGGGUCAGCCUGUGUCGGUGGCAGACUGGGCGUGGUCGCUGGUGAGACAAGGCCGGGCAUUGGACGUGGUGGAAGAUGGGAUGCCAGAGAAGGGACCUCCAGAGGUUCUGGAGAAGUAUGUGCUGAUUGCAGUGCUGUGCUCACACCCUCAGCUCCACGCAAGACCCACAAUGGAUCAAGUGGUGAAAAUGCUGGAGAGUAAUGAGUUCACUGUAAUCUCUAUACCCCAACGCCCAAUCCCUCUGGUGGCUUGCAGGGAUGAGAUUGACCGCUCUGUUAGUAGCAGCAGCGGCUCCGGGAAGCUCACUAGCCCCACUGGAUAUCAGGCCUUCUCCUACGGAGGUGAUGGACCCUCGGGGAACACAAAUACCUCUAGCUGAGAUAUAGAUUGUACAUUAUCUGUUGUUGAUAUGUUUUAUUCAUUUUAUUCUUUGAUGCAACUGUCUAGUAUUUGCUCUUGUUCCAAUAAACUCAUCCGCUGUAACAUUUUUGAACCA